UCUUUUCUUGUGGCUGAUACCUUGGAUUACAUAUCGCCCUGAGAGGUGAAAAACAGUCAUCAGGAGAGAAGAACGUGAUGGCCACCAUGACAGAGCUGAGUCCCACAGAAGGGAAGUACUCCCAAGAUAUACAAGGGGAUGAGAAGCUCAGUCCCAGGAAAGCUCCAAGUUUAUGUUCUACUCGCUACGGAAUAGCCUUCAUCGCACAUCUCUGCAACUUCAUAAUAAUGGCACAAAAUGUUAUCAUGAAUACCACCAUGGGCAUGGUCAACAGCACAAACCGUCAGUCCCAGUUUAACGGCUCCACUGAAGGGCCUGUUGACUCAUUUGAUGACCCAAAUAACUCCCCAAAGAGUCUUCCUGCAGGGGCCCCCGUAUAUGAUUGGAGCCCUCAAAUCCAGGGCAUCAUCCUUAGUUCUAUCAACUAUGGCAUGAUCCUGACAGUGGCUCCCAGUGGAUACCUGGCUGGAAGAAUAGGAACAAAGCAAGUGGAGUUAGGAUAUGGGGGUCAGUUUGCACUCUGGGAGAGAUGGAGUCCUCCACCUGAACAAAGCCAACUCUGCAGCAUUGCUUUCUCAGGAAGCUGCAUUGCCACCCUCCUGGGUGGUAUCAUCAGUCAAGCCCUUGGGUGGCCUUUUGUCUUCUAUAUCUUUGGAAGUGUUGGCUGUGUCUGCUGCCUUCUCUGGUUUGUUUUGAUUUAUGAUAACCUCACUCACCCAUGGAUAAACAUUACAGAAAAAGAAUACCUCAUAUCCUCCUUAGCCCAACAGGUCAGCUCUUCUAAGCAGCCUUUUCCCAUCAAAGCUAUGGUCAGAUCUCUACCCCUCUGGUCCUUGUGUUUUUGUUGUUUUGGCCAUCAAUGGUUAUUUGACACAAUGGUUGUAUACACACCAACUUACAUCAGCUCUGUGUUCAACGUUGAUAUCAGAGAUAGUGGGUUCCUGUCUGCACUUCCUUUUUUUUUUGCCUGGAUCAUUGCUAUCCUGAGAGGUUACCUGGCAGAUUUCCUUCUGACCAAAAAUUUUAGGCUUGUUACAGUGAGGAAAAUUGCCAAAGUUCUAGGAAGUCUCCCCUUUUCAGCAUCCCUUAUGGUUCUGCCAUACGUUGCCUCCAACUAUAUCACAGCAGUGAGCCUUCUGACGCUCUCCUGUGGCCUAAGCCUGUUUACUCAGCCAGCGAUCUAUAUCAAUGCCUUAGAUAUUGCUCCAAGGCAUUCCAGCUUUCUGAUGGGAGCCUCAAGGGGGUUUACACAGAUAUCUGCUAUCCUUGUACCUACUGUCAGUGGAUUUCUUCUCAAUCAAGACCUUGAAUUUGAGUGGAGGAAUGCCUUCUCCUUGUUGUUUGCCAUUAACACAUCAGGACAGAUCUUCUACUUUAUAUUUGGAAAAGCAGAUGUCCAAGACUGGGCUAAAGAAAGGAAACUCACUCGUUUAUGAAGUUACCCCACCUUGGAUGGAAAGUCAUUAGGCACCUUAUUUCAUAAACAAGAAGGCUUCAGUGAUGAAAAUAACAACAGAAAAAAUUUUCUUUGCUGUAGCUCUUUUCAAAUCUGAGAUCAGUUCUUUAUUUUACUCAGAUUUCUUUUUGAGGCAAAUAUAAGAUGAAUGAAAAUUCAAAUAAAAUGAUA